AUGCAUCGCCGCGCGUCGCAGCGCGCACUGAGCACGCGCGGUCCAACGAUCGCGGUGCACGGCGGCGCCUGGGCCAUCCCCGACGACCUGCGCCAGGCGAGCCUCGACGGCGUCGGCCGCGCGACAGCUUUGGGCUGGGAGGCACUCACGAGCAACGGCAGCGCCGUCGACGCCGUCGAGGCGGCCGUGCGCUACCUGGAGGAAGAUCCGGCCUUCGACGCGGGCCGCGGCGCGGUGCUCACGUCCGCGGGCACGGUAGAAUUGGACGCGGUCAUCAUGGACGGCCGCGACCUGUCCGCGGGCGCCGUCGCGUCGCUGGGGCCCGUGCUCAACCCCGUGUCCGUGGCGCGCGCGGUCAUGGAGCGCUCGGAGCACGUGCUGCUGUGCGGCGCGGGCGCGGACGCCUUCGCGCGCGAGAUCGGCGUGGAAGCUUCGUCGGCCGACGAUCUCGUGACGGCCGCGGCGCGCGAGGAAUACGAGCAGAUGAAGACCUACCCGACGACCGUCGAGACGCUCUUCAACGCGCGCGCGCAGCUCGGCCACGACACCGUCGGCGCCGUCGCCGUCGAUGCGGACGGUAACGUCGCCGCUGCGACUUCCACCGGCGGCAUCACCUUCAAAAGACCGGGCCGCGUCGGCGAUUCGCCGAUCCUCGGCAGCGGCUGCUUGGCGGACAACGCCACGGGCUGCAUCUCGACGACGGGCCACGGCGAGUCCCUCAUGCGUUUUACGUUCGCGAGCCGCUGGGCCGCGGCCGUCGACGGCGGCGCGGCGCCCGACUCCGCGCUCGCGGCGCAGCUGCGGGCCAUGCUCGACCGCCUCGGCGGCUGCGGCGGCGCCGUCUGCGUCGACGCCACCGGCGCGCCGGGCAUCGCCUUCUCCACGGAGCGCAUGGCCUGGGGCUACCGGUCCGCGGGCUCCGGCGGCGUCCGCCACGGCGUCGACCGCGACGCCGGCGCCGCCGACGUGCUUGUCGUCGACCCGGCGGCCGGGGCGAUUUGGGUCGACUAA